GGAGUGGGCCUGCCCGGUGCUUUUAAUACAGAUGCGCCCCUCAGUGCGCCCUGCGUUCACCACCGAGCGUACACGGCAGAGCGGGGAAAGACAGAACCAGACAGCACCAUGACUGCACCCAGCAACACCUACGAUGUUAUAGUGAUCGGCGGAGGCAUAUCGGGUUUGAGUGCAGCGAAGCUGUUAAAAACCAGCGGGCUCAACCCUGUCGUCCUGGAGGCCAGGGAUCGAGUCGGUGGUCGUACCUUCACUGUGCGGAAUAAGGAGACAAAGUGGGUUGAUCUGGGCGGGGCUUACAUUGGUCCAACUCAGAACCGCAUCCUCCGAUUGGCCAAAGAGUAUGGCAUACAGACCUACAAAGUCAAUGAGCAGGAGAGCCUGGUGCAUUAUGUCAAAGGAAAGUCUUACCCGUUCAAAGGCUCCUUCCCUCCCAUGUGGAACCCCAUCGUCUUGUUGGACUUCAACAACCUGUGGAGGACAAUGGACGAGAUGGGCAAAGAGAUCCCUAGAGAGGCUCCCUGGAGGGCUCCCCAUGCUGAGGAGUGGGACAAGAUGUCCAUGCAUCAGCUCUUUGAGAAAAUCUGCUGGACCAAAACUGUCCGCAAAUUUGCCACGCUGUUUGUCAACGUGAACGUGACCUCUGAACCCCACGAGGUGUCGGCUCUCUGGUUCCUGUGGUAUGUUAAACAGUGUGGGGGAACCAUGAGGAUCUUCUCUACCACUAACGGAGGACAGGAGAGGAAGUUUGCAGGCGGCUCUGGUCAGAUCAGUGAGUGCAUGGCCAAAGAGCUGGGCGACCGCGUGAAACUGGAGUCCCCAGUCUACAGGAUCGACCAGAGCGGAGACAUGGUGGUGGUGAAGACGGUGGACGAUCAGACCUAUACGGCCAAGUACGUGAUCUUGGCCACCCCUCCUGGUCUCAAUCAGAAGAUGCACUUUACCCCUGAGCUGCCACCGCUGAGGAACCAGCUGAUCUCCCGUGUCCCCAUGGGCUCUGUCAUCAAAUGCAUGGUCUACUACAGAGAGAACUUCUGGAGGAAAAAGGGUUACUGUGGCAGCAUGGUGAUCGAGGAGGAAGGAGCUCCCAUUGGACUGACCCUGGAUGACACAAAGCCUGAUGGGAGUGUACCUUGCAUUAUGGGAUUCAUCCUUGCCCGCAAGUGCCGACAGCUGUGUGUGCUGACCAAAGAAGAGAGGUUGAGGAGGAUUUGUGACAUCUACGCCAAAGUGCUGGGAACAGAGGAGGCUCUGCAUCCGGUGCAUUAUGAGGAGAAGAACUGGUGUGAAGAGGAGUACUCUGGGGGUUGCUACACAGCCUAUUUCCCCCCAGGAAUCCUUACCCAGUAUGGCAAGGUGCUUAGGGAGCCAGUAGGCAAGUUGUACUUUGCAGGCACGGAGACGGCCACAGAAUGGAGCGGCUACAUGGAAGGAGCGGUGCAGGCUGGAGAGAGGGCAGCCAGAGAGGUCAUGUGUGCGAUGGGUAAAAUCCCACAGAGUCAGAUCUGGAAGAAGGAGCCGGAGUGUGUGGAAGUCCCUGCACUCCCCUUUGACAUCAGCUUUUGGGAGAGAAAUUCGCCUUCAGUGGGUGGGCUCUUGAAGCUGAUAGGAGUGUCUACCUUCCUGUCUGUUGCCACCGCAGCUGGUGUGUUGGCCUUCAAGAAGGGCCUCCUGUCCCGCAGUUAAACUGCCCACACCUGUCAUAUCUCUCCUCUGCGUCUUAAGCCGGCACAUCUCAAUAGAGACUGUACUUGUGUACUUGUAGUGCACUACUUUAUGGCCUAAACUACAAAGUAGUGACCUAUAUAGAGUAUAGUAUACUGUUUGAGACUCAUCCUGCUGUAAGAAAGACUGUUAAACUCAAACUAAACACUAAUGCACCAUCACUAGUGCACUGAUAUCAUGAAAGAGAGAGAGAGAAACAAAUAAAGUAACAGUCUGAUUAAAAGUGGAGAGAGGCAGGUUUGAUAGAGAUGAAGAACCUAACAACAGUUUAAAUGCUACAGAUUCAGAUUGUAAAAAUGACAGAAAAAGAUAAGAAUCAAUUCUUAAAAGGAUAUAUACAUAUAUAUGUAUAUAACCAUUAUAUACUGUAUAUGACCAUUAAUAUUCCAUACAUUGCCAAUGAAAUUCACAACUUUGAUUACAUGAGUUUCUUAACCCUCCUGUUGUCUUUGUUUCAUAUCAAUUAAUUAUGUGUUCUCAGUCCAGAAUGACUGCUCCAUUUUAGCUGAUUAUGAAUCCAUAGUAAUACAUACAGUAUAUUAUCACCUAAUGUUGUGUUAGAUCGCUUUAUCAACGUUAGUUCUUAAGUUCAUUACAAGUUUCAAACUUGUAUUUGCUAUUCAUGGCCUGUAGGCCUCAUUGACCAGAGUUCAUAUAACUCACUUCUGAAUAAAACAAUGUGUGAAUUAUUUGUAUUUGAAGAGAGAAAGGUAGUGUGUGUGAGAGGUCUCCAUCUGAUGAGUGGGCAUGUGCCUAAACUCAGUUUUACUCACUUUUGGCCAGGAACACCACACAUGUCGAAAAGUUAAGUGAAACACUGAAAACUGAAUGAAAAUGACCAAGUUAUUGUGUGUGUUUAAAUACUCUGUGUGUGGAACCCUGUGACAAUUCAAUUGAAUUAGCAACAUUUUUCAGAGAUAUUUGAAAAUUGGUAUAAUUCAACCAGAACACAACAGGAGGGUUAAGUCAUCAUGCAUGUGUAUGUAUGAGCUGUAUUUGUAUGUCAGCAUGCAUUUGUGUGUGUGUCUGUGUGUGUGUGUGUGUGUGUCUGUGUCUGUGUGUAUCCACUGUGUCUAAUUACCUCUGCUGAUUUUAGGUGCUGAUUUAUUCUGGGCAAGCAGCUGUAGCUGUUUGAUGAUCCAGUAACAUCAGAAUAGAACAGUUGUGCCAUUGCCCAUUACAAAAUUACAGGGGAGGGUAAAGGAUAAGUCUGGAGAUAUUCUCUAUUUUUCUUAUGUCAACAAACCAACUUUACAACAACAGGCUAAAAGCAAUGAACUGAUCCCACAACAAGUGUUGCCUGUGUAGCCAAAGCCUGAACUAAUGUGCCAUUUGUGCCAUAGAGCUCCAUUGUGUCACACAUCAAUGAGCCACACUGGACUAUAUCUUUCUUCACUGUGAUGAACAUGGGCACUGUAGUUUAUUUUGAGUCAAUCCCACACAGCCUGCUGUAAGUGAUCUAAGAAAAUGACGAACAAGACAGAACAGGGACUGUAGAUUUAGUCCCCCAUCACUUACACUGUACAGUAAGUGCAUUAUAAAGGGAUCUUUUAAUGUGGAGAACAGAAGGGGAAAUUAUGUUCAUUUGGGUCCCUGACUGUUGUUUUCAGACAGACUUGACAAAUUGUGAACUUAUCCUUUUAACACAAUUCUCAUUGUCUCUUAUCUCUUUACAUUAAUGAAUCAUUAAUCAUCAAUUUGUGAUCCAAUUUUAAAGAUUAACAUUAACAGCAACAGCCAGGUGCAAACACGGUAGGGAAAUUGGAAGCUAUUGGCAGACACACUAAUUCAUUGUUAGUUUACAUGGGAUUUGUUGACAAUAACAAAAGUUUGUAUGAAGAAGGAGAAUAAUACAACCAGCCUUAUCCUUAAGUGAAAAACCUGUAUUUAGGGGUAAUGUCGUGCUACUAAGCUGCUCUGUAUGGUUGUCUUUCGGUAAAUGUAAUGAAAGCAUUCGAAUGUAAUUUCUUCAGAUGAGAUAACACAUAAUAUUUGUUGCUGUUUUAUUAUAAUCAGAAUUAUGACAGCUAUAUUUUUUACUUUUUGUGAUUCAUGAUUUAGAUUAACACAAGGUUUAGUACUAUACUACCAAAAAAAAAAGUUUUUAAAGCCCAAAACUGACAUUUGCUCUAUUGUUGGAAGUCACUUUGGAGUCAUUGACCACAUUUGUAUAUCAGUGUGAAUUGGAAAGAUGUGACCAGCCUUCUUCUUUGCAGGCAUCCAAUAAUCCAUUGACUUACCUUGUUGCACCUACAGUAGAAACUUUAUUGUGUUACUCACCUAUAGAGAAUCUAAUGAAUCACAGAAGAUUUAGCUUAUGUUUUAAAUGAAAUGUUUUAUUGUUUCUUUUGUAAAUUGUUUUUCCUUGAGAAAAGAAAAUUGCCUCUUUUUGAGAUAAACAAAUAAAAAACAGAUGAAUAAAUGAAGGAUUAUACCCAGAAAGGCUCUUGACAUUUGGAAAGACAGAAUUCAUUCUUCACCAUUGAAAAAAACACAGCUGACUACUAGCAGUAAAUGUUAAUUGUUGACCGUGUUGCAAGCACUUCCACAUCAGUCCAUAAUGGGUUGCACUUUGAUGUUAGUGAUCAUUUUUCGAGGGGAGAAGAAUUUGUGUUUUUUUUCGUAAAACAAAAAGGAUCUCGGGAUGACUCUCUUCAGGUGGACGUGAAGAAAACCAAUCAAUACAUGACUUUCUUCUAUCAGUUCAUCUGUUUUUCAAGGGUGUUGCACUGUGUGUGUGCAGCUCUGAGAGUCAUACUGUUCCUGUCCCAAAGACUGGUGUGUGUUGUAAGUGUAGUAUCUGUCGUGCCUUAAUGGAAGUCGUAGUGUUUUUGUCAUUUCUCUCAAGUGCCUGUGUGACUCUGACACUCUCUGCCCUUGCUCCCCUCCCGCCCGCACUGGAGGUGAGAGGUCAGAUGGACCAAGCCGUUGGUUUAACGCAUCUUCAGUAACCAUCAAUAUGCAGGGACCAGCUCAAUAACACCUUGUCCCUCUUAGUGUGUCCAAAACCUUUCAUUUUUAAACUUUCCCCUGUAUUACCUGAGUUAUGUCCUCACUGUAAACUCAGGUAAAGCCGGGCGUCUAAACACAGUGUCAGCUGGGAAUAAUAGAGCUCAGACUGUUGGGUUGAUCAAACUGCUUAUCUCCAGUGAAGCCAAGUUUGUGUGUGUUUUGUAUUGUGAUUGCAGUGCUUCACUCUCUGUCUCCCCUUGUGGCGCCUGUACUGUACGUACCCUCUGUAGCUGCUUCCUCUUCUGUGCACUGACCUUUGACUUUCCAAACCUCACCCCCAAGACCCCCCCUCCCCCCCAUCCUAGCACAUGCACUGGUUUGUCACUCUCCCCAGACAUAAGGGGAGUCUGUAUAAAACAAAGAAGGACUGGACAGAGGUGUUAUCUGAUCUCAGUGAACGAGAGAAGCCGGCACAUGCUGUCCGUCCUUCUGAACUACAAGCACCAAACCGUCAGCAGACAUAAUAUCUGGUUAUUCACUGUCUGAUCCUCAAUGAUUGUUUUCUGGAGACCUGAGACUGUUCCGUCCUCUUGCCCUUCUGUGCAUAUGAGCCUCCUUAACUAUUCCUGUGACCUGUUCUUUGAUGUCUUUAAUUCCUCAAACAAAGCUGGUGAUAUUUAACAGAAAAAAAUGUGAAAUAAAUCUUUUACUCGUCUUAAA